AUGUCUACAAUAGCAAACGCAAUAAAUAAUUCCACACAAUUAGUUCGUACUAAUUGGACAGAUAUUAAUUCAAUAACAUCAUCUCCAACAAAUUCCAAUUCUAGUACAAUUAAUACUUCUGUAAUUCCAUCAUCUAUAUCAAAUCAAAAUAAUAGUAUAAAUUCUAUAAUUAAAUCUCCAAUACCAAUUCAUAAUAAUGAUCAAACAACUCAAUCAAUGGCAUUAGAACGAACAAUUCAAACAUAUCCAUUAACUAAUUAUACAUUUGGUACAAAAGAUCCAUUAUAUGAACGUGAUAGUUCUGUACAAGCACGAUUUCAACGUAUGCGUGAAGAAUUUACAACAAUGGGCAUGAGACGUAGUGUUGAAGCUGCUUUAUUAGUACAUGAACAUAAUUUACCUCAUAUACUUCUUCUACAAUUAGGAACAACAUUUUUUAAAUUACCUGGUGGUGAACUUAAUCCAGGUGAAGAUUCAAUGGAAGGUCUUAAACGUUUAUUAAAUGAAACAUUAGGUCGACCAGAUGCUAUGCAACAAAAUAAUUGGCUUAUCGAAGAUGUUAUUGGUAAUUGGUGGCGUCCAAAUUUCGAAGCACCACGUUAUCCAUAUGUUCCUGCUCAUAUAACAAAACCAAAAGAACAUAUUCGUUUAUAUCUUGUUCAACUUGGUGAAUCAUCUAUGUUUGCUGUACCACGUAAUUAUAAAUUAGUAGCUGCACCUUUAUUUGAAUUAUAUGAUAAUGCCUCAGGUUAUGGACCAAUUAUCUCAAGUUUACCACAAGCAUUGAGUCGAUUUAAUUUUAUUUAUAAUUAA